AAAAAAACCAUUUGGUCUUGUGCCUCACAAAAACAAAAUGUAAAAAAUAUUAGAUUCUUGAUUUUCAAGAACUUGAAAAAUGGAAGAGUGACUUUUUGUCAAGAGAAGAGAGACAACCUCCAUUACUCUUUCUUUCAUUCAACCACCCCCUCGCCCCCCCCACACCCACCCCCACCCCCACCCCCUUCUCUUUUCUCUAUCUGUAUCUAUUCUGUAUCUAUAGGUUUGGGGUUGGGUUCCAAAAAUGGGUUCUGGGAGUAGUCAUUUGGGGUCAAGGCCACGUAGACCAAAUCACAUAAAAAGAACAUUGUCAUCUAUAUUUAUAUGUGGUGCUUCAUCAUCAAGAAGAACUGUUGAGAUGGAAGAUGAUCCAGCUGAAAUGCUGGUGGGUUCUGCCGAACAUGCAAAGCUCCAAAACUCUGAGAAGGACCCUUCACCUGAUUUUAUUCCCCCCCAAACUGAACGUGGAACUUCAUCGGUGAGCAAUCUGGUAAAUAGUGAAAAAUCUACAUGUAUAGAUGGUUCAAGCAAUGUGCACGGAGGUAAUCGAAGAGAAAACUCAACCAAAAACAUGGAAUUAGUCAAUCAAUGUAGUCCUGGAAGUACAGGUAAUGAAACUGCCAGUACAUCUCGGGCCAACCGAUCAUUUCCCUAUCCACUCAAAAGGGCAGAUGAUGUUGUAAAUAAUGUCGAUACUUCAGUGAAUUUUGCCGGUUACUCUCGUUCUAGCAGUCCAUUGUCUCAUGGAAAUGGAGAAUCUUCAUCGAGUGAAGAUUUUGUUGUAAACCAUACAAAUGAAAUUCUUAUCUUCAACAAUUCCGAUUCUGGUUCUGUAUCAGUUCUUUCGGAUUCUUCAGUUACGCCACAUUUAGCGGGAGAAUCUUCAGGUCUCGAAUUUCUGGUGUCGGACAGGGAAGAAGGUGUAAGAGAUGGAAGUGCACUUCAUGUUGACAUGGCGAAUGCCUCUCCGAAUAUUUUCUCUAAUAUUCCGUCUGCCGAAAUUAGUAGUCGUGAAGCAAGACGGAAUAGUAGAAGACUUUUUUGGGAUUCUUUUUCAAGGAGAAGUCCUAGGAGGCGUGCUGCUGAUCCCCAUAACUUUCGUUUACCAAAUGAUAAUUCAGACGAUGUACUAUCUCAUGACAGGUUACUGCUGGACUUUAGUGAUAAUUCCCUUCAUGAUUCAAAUGGAAGUCGGAAUGAACGGCGACGACAUUCCAGAUCUGAGAUGUGGGAAAGACUUCCAGUUCCUGGUGGUCUUAUUGCUGGUGAUCAUCGUAGUGCCACUUGUCCAACAGGGAUUCACACAGAUGGCCCAUGUUCAUGUGAGACAAUUUUAAUGAGUCGAGAAUCUGGCAGUCGUGCAAGUAUAUCACGAAUAGUUAUGCUUGCUGAGGCAUUGUUUGAGGUACUGGAUGAAAUACAUCGCCAACCUAUGUCAUUGUCCUUAUCUGUAUUAUCACUUCCAGCUCCAGAGUCAGUUGUGGACUCCUUCCCAGUGAAGAUUUACUCAAAAUCAGAGGAAGUAGAUACUACUGGCAACAAUGUUUUACAGUGUCACAUAUGCUUGGCUGAGUACGAGGAAGGAGAUAAAAUACGAGUUCUACCUUGUCACCAUGAGUUUCAUUUAUCAUGUGUGGAUAAAUGGCUCAAAGAGAUACACGGUGUAUGUCCACUUUGCAGAGGAGAUGUCCGAAAUGGUUUUGUUGAUGGUUCAAUUUUAUAACUCAGCAACACUUCCUCUUUGAGGUAUCUAGUAUAUAGAGGGGGGAGAGGAAUGGGAAGAGGGAAAAGGAGCGCACGCUAAAGCCUGGCUCCAUAAUUUGUUGUUAUUUUUGGUAAAUAUAGUGACGGAGUGAUGGAAAGGAAACAAGAAAUAUGCUAUUUAUAUAGUAUCCAACGAAUUCUGAAGGGAUACUGAAGGCGUCUUAACGGUGUUAUUCCCUGAAGAAAUUUUGUAUCACCUACCGGAGCACAUUGAACAUGGAAGGCUUCAAUUCCCCAAGUUUUCUAAGUUUGCCUUAUUCUCAACACAAGGUGAGAGAAUAAGGCUCCUCUUCCUUUUUCUUAUUCCGACGUUGCCCCCAUGCAAUUUUGUGGAGAGCUUGUGCAGAUGUAUAUGGCAGCUUUCGCUCCGCAAUGCACCCUUGUUGUAACAAGGCACAUUUUUAAUGUUUAUUGAGGGAAAAUUACAAUGCAGAUGCCACUGUACUUGGUGGAGGUUUUAGGGAAUAGCUGAAUUUUUCAUAUGGAUUCUCAUUAGUGGAUAGAGAUAUGUCUGUAAUAGGAAAAGUUCCAUAUCUAUAAUAUUAUAUAGCAGAGACUUCCAUAGCCAAGAUCAGGCUUGUCUAAUAGUAAAAUUCAUUGCUUGUUUUGU